GUUGGCCGCUCUUAGCUUCCUCUCUGCGGGUAUAAAUCCACGUGUGAUCACGCACGUAUACGCAUGCGUACGGAAGUGGGAGGUAAUGAUGAGAGUUUCCGUUGAACCGUCCUAAGUCUUUUAGAAGUUAUCGUGUGUUGAGGACUCUUGAAUUAUUAAACACACACCGUAACAAUGCAGCUUAAAAUUCGUGGACAGGAAACAACUGUUGUUGAUUGUCAAGAUAAUGAGACUAUACAACAUAUAAAGGAAAGGAUUAUAUGUCUUCAAGGCAUUGAGGAGUUUCAUCUUUAUUGUAACGGAGUUUUAUUGACUGAUGAAACUUCUGUCAAUGAACUUGCUUCGGACAUAUUGGAAUUGACUGUACCACUAUUGGGAGGAAAAGUUCACGGUUCCUUAGCACGAGCUGGCAAAGUAAAGGCUCAGACACCAAAGGUUGAAAAACAAGAAAAGAGCAAGAAGAAAACUGGUCGUGCUAAACGACGUAUCCAGUAUAAUCGCAGAUUUGUUAAUGUAGUUCAGACCUUUGGUCGCCGACGUGGACCUAAUGCAAAUACGAAUUCGUAAGAAAUAUAUCGUGCUAUUGUGAAAACAAAUAAAAUGUAAUUCUGAGAUAUCA